AUGAUGGCGACGAAAAUGGCCGCCGAUGUCAAUCAGAGUAAAGAGGCGUUAAAACAGUUAGACAACAACGCACAAAACAUGUUAACGCCGCCGUUAAAUUCAAUUCAUCAAGCCGUUGAUGCUUUCACUAAAUCAGCCGAAAAUAAUGACUUGCAGGUGUUGAACACGACAGUGAGAGAGCAACUUGCCAAUUUGAAAACGCUGCUCGAAGGUGAAGUCGCGGCGCGUGUGAACGAGAUGGCGACGAAUAUAGAUAAUGCUUUUGAAAAGAAAAUCCAUGGUCCACUGAAGCAAAUUAAUAGCGAAUUGGGACGAGUGAAAGUUGCGUUGGAGGGAUGGAUAUCCAAGGCCAAGAAGGUUGUUAAAGCCGCUAUGAAUAAGUGUAAUGAAAUUAUUAAGAAACUGGAUGGUACAACUGGAACGGAUGAUCCAGAGAAAAGAAAAGCGGUAGAAAUCGCAGCCGAAGCUUUAAGAGCAAAGGCACAAAAACUUUUCGAUGCUGCGGACAGCGUUAAGAACGAAAUCGGCUCAUGGGUUGGCAACGCGACGGGAAAAGUUGGCGACCUUGAUUUGGCAUUGCGGAAGGAUCUAUAUGACAUUAAAAAUUCAAUUAAGGAAUCAAUGUGGGAUUAUAUUACUGUCGACAUUCUGCCGCAAUUUAAUGUAGUUAAGGAUAAGGUAGGAGAAAAUGAAACGCGUAAAACAAAGGAUGCAGGUAAUAUAAAUCAUAAUUGGGAGGAGUUGAAAAAGAAAAUUACGGAGUAUAGUAAUGAUAUAUAUAAACAUGAAAUGAAUGGUGUAUCAGGUCAUAUUGCAAGAAUUAUUACCAAUAUGGGUACGUACGCUGGUAAGUUCACUGAAGAGGGAUUUAAGGCAACUGUAAAGGAAUGGAUUAUAAAUAUUGUGAACGACGAAAAUGAAUACGUGAAUGAUAAGCUACAAAAAUAUUUGGAGAACAACUAUGGUCAGGUGAGUCAUACUUAUAAAAAUGCCGACGGCACCAAUGAUAUAACUGAUACAUUCAGAAACCUGAUUGCACAGGUGAUUGUACAAAAGCUUCAAAACGAAGUAAUUAAGGAUAUAGAUCGAAUGGUCACACCUUUACUUGAAGCUGCCGAUGACAAGAUUAAUCAGUACCUCCAAGCUGUUCAAAUGGGUUGUGAUCAAUUAGCCGGCGGACUCGAGGGUGUGAUUGAAGCUAAAAGAGUUGCUCAGAUGAGUUACGAUGAUGUAGCCGGGGAGAUAGAGACAAUAAUCACAACCUCAAAAAACACUGUUCCAUCUCUUGCGAGAUCACAUCUUGCUGAGGCUGUAAGAAGAAUCAUGAUUGCGCUUACUCUCAUAGCCAGACAUACUGGCAACGAACUUAAGCGAAUUCUUGAUACGUCCAAUCUCGACGAACUCACAUUGGGGGCAGCUAUCACACAGGCGUUGAAAGACAUAAAGAAACCCAUUCAAGAUCUGAACGAUGCGUUCGAACAGCAGCAGUGUCAGAGGCAAGUGGGAACUAGACUUGACACAGAGAUAGGUAGGGACGGUACGGCCGGUAAAAUAUUCGACCUUGGCAAACUUACGACGUUCGCCAAACAUAACGGCAAAGGUUCGAAGAAAGAUCUCGAGGAUGCAAUAAACAAUAUAAGAACGAUCGUCCAAGAGGCACUAGAAUGGAGUAAAAUCGGCAUUAAACCAGAUCAAACGGGUCGUAUACUUCAGGCAGAACUUCAACACGUCAGCACUGAACUCGGUAAAUUCGCUGACGCUGUGAAGGGUCUUGUUCAGAACCCAGCUGGCACGGCCAGUAGUAAUGCUCCUGACCAAGGUAGAGGCGUGCAAAAGCUACUAGAUGAUUUACAGAAAAUCUUAGAUAGACAAGGAUCGGGAUACAUGUAUACGCUUCCUCAAGCACUUGAAGAUGUUAAAAAUGAAAUCGUUGCCAUCUUGGAUAAAACUGACAAAGCCAACUUGGCCUAUAUCCUGGCCGAGGCAACCACAUUCCACACCACUACCAUUCCUACUAAGGCCAACGAGACCUUGAAAGCAAUCAAUAAUUACGUUGCUGAUGCCAUAAGGAGAACAACUGAACACAUUAAAAACAAAGCGCAGGGACUAUACGCUGCCCGCAAACAAAUGGAACUUGCAACAUUGAAAAGCAUCGUAAAUGAACAAAAAUCAAAAAUCCAGAACAUCAUUAAGAAAGAUAAUGCGUCCGGUAUAAAGUGCCUACUGUCAAUCAUUGACGGUAACCAUGAAACGCUGUCCCAGAUCUCCGACGCACAUGAUACCAAAACCGCAGCUGUGAAUGCGAAAUGGUAUGUAGAAACACUCACGAAGUAUAUCAAUGAGCAAGUCAAAUCGCCAAGUAACGACCUGCCCAAAAGCAAAGGUACGCAGCCAGUCACCUCCCAAACCACCCCCUCCUCCCAACUGGUCACCCGCCUCCAAUCCCGCACCUACGCCCUCCUCACCCACCUCCACGACAACAAUCGCCCCUUCACCUUCGACUCCAAAUUCCGCUCCCUCCUCCACGACCUGACCUCCGCCCUGUCCACGUUCAACCCCGCUGCCUUCGCGAACCCGCACCACCCGCAACUCCUGGACGCGCUGAAGGCAGGGAUGAAAGGGCUGGUAAAGGAGAUGGAGAAGGCGUAUGUUAAUAGGUAUGACAGUCGGAAGAUUAAGUGGGAGGAGCUGAAGGGUAAACAAGCUACUGAUGAAUUAACCGACGACGCUACGCGCUGCGCCAAGGUGUUUAUGAGCUGCCUGCCGAUGUUGCUUAACGACCUUAGCAAGGUGAAGGAGAGGUGUGGGCAUAAGGGUGAGUGGAGUACCAAACAUCUCCAUAUUGACCAUGAAGUGCAAGACGCGAGGAAACGUAAAAAUCCACUCGGCACGUUUUUCAGGGAUUGCGGAUACAAUGUUCCCACCAGCCAGACGUCCAAGCAGGAUGGAGAGUUGCGAUGUAAGUAUGAAUUGAAGGGUAGCGAUAUAUAUGCUAAACUUGUUGAACAUACAAUAGACGGUGUCCCUGAUAUUCUGAAACACAUUACAGACUGCGAAUCAAAUUAUGAUGAGCAUGGUAAAAAGAAGAAAGAAUCUACGUUUGACGUCGUUGACCUUCUUUCAUGGCUUCACACUCACUUCCACGAUUAUUACACCGGUUUAUCCCUACGCCCCUUUUCACGUCAAUAA